AUGGCGGCUGCUGGAAUCGGUGUACGUGUGUGAGGAUGAGCAGAAGGUUACUACAGCAAAUGUUAUCCCCGUACAUGUGACAGUGUUAAUGGCAGACCCUGUCUAGACACAAUGGGCAAGAAACAGAGCAAAUUAGAUGGCACAGAGCUUAGGGAUCUGCUGGACUCUACCUACUUUGACAGACGGGAGAUCCAGCAGUGGUACAGAGACUUCAUGCGGGACUGUCCUAGUGGUAUACUUAGGAAAGAGGAAUUUCAGACAAUUUACCAGCAAUUCUUUCCCAACGGUGACCCCAGUAAAUUUGCUAGUUUUGUCUUCAAUGUAUUUGAUGCCAAUAAGGAUGGCUACAUCUCCUUCAAGGAGUUUAUCUGUGCUUUGUCCAUCACCUCCCGAGGAUCUCUGGAUGAGAAACUUGACUGGGCAUUCAGCCUAUACGACCUUGACAAUGAUGGCUACAUUACCAAGGAGGAGAUGAUCAACAUCGUGGAUGCAAUCUACAGUAUGGUGGGUAACCUUCUAGACCUGCCUAAGGAUGAAGACACACCACAGAAACGUGUGGAGAAGAUCUUCUCUCAGAUGGACACAAAUCAUGAUGGUCGCCUCACGAAGGACGAGUUUAGGGAAGGGUCAAAGUGUGACCCCUGGAUUGUGGAGGCUUUGUCCACUCCUCAUCAUUAGGGUGACCAGUGGUCAACAAGACAUUAUACUACUGCCUAUGUGAUACCUGGGGUGUUCAUCAUUGAUAUUGUGUGAUACAGUAUGACUGUCAUCAGAUAGACAUUUCAGGAUAAAAUUCUUCUGGCAUUGAAUAAUUUAUGAAGGGAGAUCACUCUUCCGUUAAUGAUAUAACCAAACCUUCAGCAGGGAAGACAAUCUGUCUGUUAAUGCUAUAACCAAACCUUCAGCAGGGGAGACAAUCUGUCUGUUAAUGAUAUAACCAAACCUUCAGCAGGGGAGACAAUCUGUCUGUUAAUGAUAUAACCAAACUUUCUUCAUGGGAGACAAUCUGUCUGUUAAUGAUAAAACCAAACCUUCAGCAGGGGAGACACUCUGUCUGUUAAUGAUAUAACCAAACCUUCAUCAGGGGAGACAAUCUGUCUGUUAAUGAUAUAACCAAACCUUCAGCAGGGGAGACAAUCUGUCUGUUAAUGAUAAAACCAAACUUUCCUUAUGGGAGAAAUAUGACUGUUAAUGAUAUAACCAAACCUUCAACAGGGGAGACAAUCUCUCUUUUUACCAGAGGAAAACCAAAGGUUCCUGUCAUUGAGACAAGGAUCAUGUCAAUUGAAAUUGAAACAUUUUUUAUUCAUUGAUGUUUCAAGAUGAAAGAGUCUAUAUAAUAUAGGCUGUUAUUAAGAUGGACAAUUUCAAACAUCUUAGACAUCAGGCAGAAGUUUGAGCACCUCCGACAUCCCAGACAUCAAUAAUGAUGGCUGUCAAGACUGAGAAUUUCAAACGUGUCUGAAAUCAGAUGUAGGAUUUCUAACAACCCAGACAUAUAUAACAUUGGCUGCACAAACCGAGGAUUUCUAACAUGUCUGACAUCAGAUGUAGGAUUUCUUACAUGUUUGACAUCAGAUGUAGGAUUUCUAACGUGUCUGACAUCAGAUGUAGGAUUUCUUGCAUGUUUGACAUCAGAUGUAGGAUUUCUAACGUGUCUGACAUCAGAUGUAGGAUUUCUAACGUGACUGACAUCAGAUGUAGGAUUUCUAAUGUGUCUGACAAUGUGUAUAUCAACGGCUGCACAGACCAAGGAUUUCUAACAUUUUCACCACAGUAUCAUUGACCGACAUAUAUAUUACGUUUUUAUAUUAUUCAUGGAAUAAUUUUGCUGUUUUGUCUGACUGUAAUGUAUUUUAUGACACUGUGAGAAAUAUUUGACUGUGGAUAAGAGGGGUAGAUCUGAUUCAAGGAAGCUUUAUAAAAGCAGUGAAAGGCUGUAUUGUUUGAAUAUUAGAAUAGCUGCAUACACCUUUUUAUCAUAAAAAUAUACAGAAAUAUGAUUGUGCAAACAUUGCUUUUUGCAUAACAACUAUUUUUUUGUACCAGAAUUUGAGUUUGUAGAUGAGAUGAUAUAAAAAGUUUACAUAAGCAGAUCAGUACACAGUGUUUGAGGUAGGUUAUGCCUUGUAUCAUUACUGUAGUGUUUUCCUAUAUAAUUGGAACAUCAGUUUCUGUCAAAGCUAUAAAAUUUCCUUGAAAACUGUUUGUGAUAGUUGUAAAUGGUUUGCAUUAUUAGCUCACCUGCCCGAAGGGCAAGUGAGCUUAUGUUAUGGUGCGGCGUCCGUCGU